AUGGAGUUGGAAACAGAUGUGUUAGCUGCAGUUUCAUCUACUGUAGAUAUACAGUCAAAUGAACUAACAGAAUUUUCAUCUUCUGAAGAUUUGAAACCAGAUAUAUCAACUGAUAUAAAACCAAACAAGUCAUUUAAUACUUCUCAAAAUUUUAAACCUGAUGUUACAACAGAAUGUUCUUCUUCUGAAGACAUAAAAGCAGAAUUCUCAACAUUGUUUUUUUCCCAAGAUAUUAAACCUGACAUUACAGACAAAACUUCUCAAGUUGUUAAACCUGAUAUUACAAUUGAAAAAAGUAAUAAGAAACCUGCUGCAACAGCAGUAUUUUCAACAUCAGAAAAUUUAAAACCAGAAUUUUCAACUCCUGAAAAUUUAAGACAAGAUUUCACAACAGGAUUUUUAUUUUUUGAGGAUAAGCAACUUGGACUUGAACAAAAUCUACAACUGUCUAGGGACGAACCCAACAAGUUUUCUCGCAUUUCUGGUUUAGCACAACAUAAAAAGGUUCAUUCCGGAGAAAGGUCACAUGAAUGUGAUGUUUGUCAUACAAGGUUUUCUCGCAGUUCUGGUUUAGCACAACAUAAAAAGUUCAUUUCUGAGAAGCUGUCCAGCAUGGAGGUGGAAACAGAUGUGUUAGCUGCAGUUUCAUCUACUGUAGAUAUACAGUCAAAUGAACUAACAGAAUUUUCAUCUUCUGAAGAUUUGAAACCAGAUAUAUCAACUGAUAUAAAACCAAACAAGUCAUUUAAUACUUCUCAAAAUUUUAAACCUGAUGUUGCAACAGAAUGUUCUUCUUCUGAAGACAUAAAAGCAGAAUUAUCAUUUUUUAAUUUCCAGGAUAUAAAACCUGACUUGACAUUUAAAACUCUUCAAGAUGUUAAACCUGAUGUUACACCAGAAUUUUCUACUUCUGAAGACAUAAAACCAGAAUUAUCAGUUUUUAAUUUCCAGGAUAUAAAACCCAACCAGUCAUAUAAAACUUCUCAAGAUGUUAAACCUGAUAUGAUUAAUUUAUUAAAACAUAAAAGUUUUCAUCCUAGAGAAAAGCCACAUGAAUGUGCUGUUUGCCAUAAAAGGUUUUCUCGAAGUUCUAAUUUAAGACAACAUGAAAAGGUUCAUUCAGGAGAAAGACCACAUGUAUGUGAUGUUUGUCAUAAAAGGUUUUCUCGAAGUUCAUAUUUAAGAACACAUAAAAAGGUUCAUUUAGGAGAAAGUCCACAUGAAUGUGAUCUUCAUUCCAGAGAAAGGCCAUAUGAAUGUGAUGUUAGUCAUAAAAACUUGGAGAAGAAAGAUCUAUAA